AUGUACAGCGCCGUCGCGCGCGGCUCGGCGGUCCUCGCCGAGUGCGCGGCGUUCGGCGGGAACUUCACGGCGGUGACUAAGGACUACCUGUCCAAGGCGUCGGCCAACAGCGGGCGCUUCAGCUACACUGUGGAUGGGCAUGUGUUCAGCUUCCUCACGGAGGACGGAUACAACUACGUGAUCGUGACCGACGAGGCGGCGGGGCGCACCAUCCCCAACGCGUUCCUCGACAAAGUCAAGGACGACUUUGUGGCGCGGUAUGGCGAGAAGGGCAAGUCUGUCAAGGGAGGCCUGAGCGCAUACAGCAAGAAGCUGAAGGAGCUGAUGGAGCACGCCACCCAGUUCCCCGAGGAGUAUUCCAAGGUGUCAAGCGUCCAGAAGAAGGUGGAUGAGGUGAAGAACAUCAUGAGCGAGAACAUUGAGAAGGUGCUGUCCAGGGGCGAGAAGCUGGACCUGCUGGUGGACAAGACGGACAACCUCAUGUUCGAGGCGGACCGGUUCGUGAAGAGCGGCCGCGCCCUGCGCCGCAAGAUGUGGUGGAACAACUGCAAGAUGAAGGUCGUGAUGGCUGGGGUGGUGGUGAUGGUGCUCUUCAUCAUAGUGCUGCUCAUCUGCUUCAGCGCUGGCGGCACCCACUGCGUCAAAAAGGGAAAGAAGGCAGUGGCCAGCCCAAGCCCCAGCCCUAGCCCCAGCCCUAUCGCGACACCCACCCCGGCCGUGGCCUCCCCCGACACCCCGGCGCCCGCGGCGCCCUCGCCCGACGCGGCCGUGGCGGCGGCGCCGCUGCCGCGGCGGCUGCUGUGGGAGCUGACUCAGCUGGUCAACGUUGCGUUGACCCACGCCGUGUGA